GCCCCUCCCCCGCCCCACCCCGGCUGCGGCUGCGAAGCGUCUGGAACCGCAUCCUCGUCCGGAGACCGCAUCCUGCCGCAGCAGCCCGUUGGAGCCGCCUGACAAGGCCCACCGUACAUCAUGGUGAAGCUGGGCUGCAGCUUCUCUGGGAAGCUGGGCAGAGACCCCGGAGACCAGGAUGGGGCUACCAUGGACUUCGUCCCUCUGAUCAGUCCCCUGGAUGUCAGCCAGCUCCAGCCACCGUUCUCUGACCAGGUGGUCAUCAAGACCCAGACGGAAUACGGGCUGUCCUCUGCGGACCCAGUGAAGAAGUUCCCGGACCUGGAGGCCCAGAAGCUGGCCUGCACCAACCCAGAGGAAGGACGUGGGAUGCCCACAGCACGUAUGAUCGCCUUUGUCAUGGCGCUCAUGGGCUGCGUUCUGAUCAUGUACAAGGCCAUCUGGUAUGACCAGUUCACCUGCCCAGAUGGCUUCCUGCUGCGGCAUAAGAUGUGCACCCCGCUGACCCUGGAGAUGUACUACGCGGAGAUGGACCCCGAGCGCCACCGCAGCAUCCUGGCGGCCAUCGGCGCCUACCCGCUGAGCCGCAAGCAAGGCACCGAGCCGCCGGCGGCCUGGAGGCAGGGCCACCGCGCCGCCAAGGAGGGGCCCAAGGAGGGGCCCAAGGAGGGGCCCAAGGCGUCCACCCAGGCGGGCGCGGGCACCACCACCGAGCCCCCGGGGAAGCCCACCGCUCACGCCGAGGAGGCGGCGCUGAAGGCAGAGGGGAGCGCUCCGCCCCCUGCCCGGGCCCCGCAGUGACGGCCUCCGCGCCGCAGCCGGUAGGUGAGCCGGGGACACUCCAGCCAGGCCACCACUCAGAGCCGCAGACCCUCCUCCCCGCACCACCCCGCCCCCGCCAGCCUUACCCAGGGGUGCUGUCCCUCCCGCGCCAGGGUGCCCGAGGGGCGUGGGGGGCGGGCUCAGGUGGACCGGGGCAGGAGAGCGGAUUCCCCACGAAAGUGGGCGGUCUCACCCCUCCUCCUGUCUCACCCCUCGGCUCUUCGUAGCGUUCCCCGCCCUCAGAACCUGUGACCGACCCGCCAGACGCUGUCCCGCCACGUGGUCGUGCCCCUGUCCCCAGAACCCCGCUGACACCCACCGCCCAGAGCCUCUAGCUCCAUUGCUUUUCUCUAAGUAAAGAUUCACAUCCA